UCGAUCUGGCAACCUUAUGAUUACUAGCCCAACUCCCUCACCGCUCAGCCAUCUGACCUCCCCAUACAACCAUGUCAACUCAUGAUCCUGGUCUAAAUUCUCCAGUAGUGUCCACCCUCUCUUUGAAUCCUGUCUGCCUGUUACACAGGCUUCAUAGGUGUAGCCAAGGCAGAGAAAGCUGACCAGCUCUCGUGAGUCCUAAGGUCUCCUGUCUGUUUCAGCCCUCUUGCAGACACAGGCUCCAAACAUCCACUCACCAGCCCUGCCUUGUGGACAGAGUGAUUUGGAAGUUUCAAAUAGUUUCAAGCGGCUGAUGUUAACACUUUUCAUUUAUCAAAAUGAAAAGAGGAUUGGGGUUUUUGUACACAUGGCUGAACAAAGCAUGGCUAUGAUCCCCUUUUACAGCAUUUAAAACGCUUACAAAAUACCUGGAGUUGUUUUGGGGUGGGGUGGUGUAUUAACAAGGGGAGGUUGUCACAAUAUUAUUUUGCUUUGCAAUCCUUAUGGCUGUGCUUGAGGGUUCAAUGUUUAAACCCUGGCUGAGAAUAGCACGAAGAGGCAGUGAAGACAAGGCUGGCCUUUCUGCUGGGGGCUAGGAGCGCUCUGCUACCCCGCUCCCCACGCUGCCUCCUCACCUCCACAGCCUCCUGAAUGCCCCUCUUUCUUCACCUCCACCCACACCACCCCCAGUCCACAACCAUCCACACAGUGGAAACAUUCAAACGCGCUGCCCGACAAACAAGUUCUGAGGUUAAUUUGAGUGUAAUAUUAAUACGAUAAAAAAGUGUGCAGUCUCAAGUCAUGAACUGGAGUUCUAGAAGGAGGGAUGGUUGUUAGUCAGUGAGGUUUCUCAUCAUCAGCAGAUGAUGUACAGAGAACAUCAUCAGCAGAACUUGUUUUUAGUAUCAAGCAUGUCUAGGUAACCUAGGGAUGGCACGAAUGACAACACCCAAACAGAACCGCUUAAUCUCUGAUGUAAUUCCCCUUAGGUUUAACCUCUGCUGAUUGGCUGAGUAGAAGAGUAGUGGUGUUCAUGAUGACGCAACCGUGUGGAAUGAAGGAGGGAUUAAAUGAAGAUAGAGGAGGACUUGGAGGGCUAUAUUUGUCAUUCCCAGAGGCUUGAAAAAGCUAACCAGGCUAGGCUGGGAGUGACAGUGGCCUCAUCAGUCUUGUUGUAUAGGAUCUACACCCCCUGCUGGGUUUAGGGGUUUACAGUUGACUACUGAUGAGGGCUGAUUUGGCACCGAAUGUUUGGCCCCUCUACUCCCGAUUUGAAUUACUUUGUUUAUAAAUCUUUUGGGCACUCAAAGAAGUGCUUCGGUUUCCGAAAUUCCCUCGAUUAGUGCAAAUCUUAGUUGCUGCUCUCAUCACGAAUCGACUGUUUUGGGAAACGCAAUUAAAACAACAGCAAACCUGCACAAUUCCUCCUCAUACUCAGUUCAAGUUCCGCAUCUUUUACGAAAAUCAUUUCAUCCGCUUCUUUUAGUUGAUUAACAAUGUUUCUGAUUGAUGAACCCAUUGGCUGUGUCCAGCUGCUUGUACACUGUUCACAUUGGAAGUGUGUUUUUAUCAUUUUGUCUCUCUCCACAUCGCUGUGCGUCACCUGUCGAUGUGUGCGUCACCUGUCACUGCUUCCAGCCACGCUCAGACGGUCAUUCGGAGCCCGAGGUAGACGAGGAUACCAUGUAAUGAAUAACUGUGGUAGUUCCAUCUCCUCCCCAGGGUGGAGGCGGGGCUCCGUGACCCCCAGGGUCACGACCUUCCCUUGCCCGGGCUGCCAGCACGACAUCGACCUGGGUGAGCGCGGCAUCAGCAUGCUGUUCCGGAACUUCACCCUGGAGAGCAUCGUGGAGCGCUACAGGCAGGCGGCCCGAGCCGCCACGGCCAUCGUCUGCAACAUGUGCAAGCCCCCCGCUCAGCAGGAGGCGACUAAGAGCUGCAUGGACUGCAAGGCCAGCUACUGCAACGAGUGCUUCAAGCUGCACCACCCCUGGGGCACGCCCAAGGCCCAGCACGAGUACGUGGGGCCCACCACCAACUUCAGACCCAAGGUGCUGAUGUGUCCAGAGCACGAGAUGGAGAAGGUGAACAUGUACUGUGAGGUGUGCCGGCGUCCUGUGUGCCACCUGUGCAAGCUGGGAGGGUCACACGCCAGCCACAAGGUCACGUCCAUGAGCAGUGCUUACAAGAUACUCAAGGAGAAGCUGGCCAAGAGUAUCCAUUACCUCAUCAGCAAGGAGGAGCAGGUCAGGACUCAGAUUACAGACCUGGAGGUGCUGAUCCACCGCACAGAGGACAACGGUCAGCUGGCUGAGAGGCAGGCCAGCGAGCACUUUGAGCGUCUGUUUGAGGCUCUGCAGGAGCGCAGGACUGACAUGCUGCGCAGCAUCGAGCAGUCCCGCUCCCGUCGUCUGGGCCAGCUCCGGGGCCAGGUGGAGGAGUACCAGGGCAUGCUGGAGAACAGCGGCCUGGUGGGCUACGCCCAGGAGGUCCUGAAGGAGACCGACCAGUCCUGCUUUGUUCAGACGGCCAAGCAGCUACACGUCAGGAUCCAGAAAGCCUGCGAGUCCCUGAGGACCUUUCAGCCCGCGGCCGAGCCGUCCUUCGAUGAGUUUGUCCUGGACACGUCCAGGGAGGAGUCCCUGCUGAAGGAGAUGUGCUUCGGAGGAGUCCCUGACCCCCCGAUGAUCGACCUGUCUCAGAGCCGCGUGUACAACGAGGCCACGGUGUGCUGGCGUCUCCCUGACGACGCCCUGCCCACCGACCACCAGGUGGUGGAGUACCGGCGGCGCGGCGCGGAGGAGGAGGGGGGGGAGGCCAGCGGGCGCUGGAGCAGCACGGAGCGGGUGUAUGGGACCAGCACCGUGGUGUCGGACCUGGAGCCCGACAGUGUGUACUCCUUCAGGGUCCGCACCUACAGGAACUCCCUCCACAGCCCCUACUGCCCCGAGGUCUCCUUCCACACGCCCCCUGCUCCUGUGUUUGGCUUCCUGUUCAACGACAAGUGUGGCUUCAGCCCAGAGCGUCUGGUGUUGAGCAGGAGGAGGGACUCUGUGGAGAGUGUGGCGGGCGUGGCCUUCCUGCUAGCCGCGGAGCGCGUGCAGACGGGCAGCUACGUGUGCCUGGACUACAUCAUCGGGGACACGGGCAUCUCUCAGGGACGCCACUACUGGGCCUUCCGCGUGGAGCCCACCUCCUACCUGGUCAAGGUGGGCGUGGCCUCCGACUCCAAGCUGCUGGAAUGGUUCCACAACCCCCGGGACACAAGCAGCCCCAGGUACGACCACGACAGCGGUCACGACAGUGGCAGCGAGGACACCUGCUACGACCUCACCCAGCCGUUCACCCUCCUCACGGUGGGCAUGGGCAAGAUCUUCAUACCCAAGGCCUCCCUCGCCGCCCCCCCCAACCCCACCUCCACCCCUCCCACCGGCGUCGCCGGCGACCACGGCGGCCGGGCCCUCCCCAUGCCACAGCGCAUCGGCAUCGGCCUGGACUACGAUGCCGGGCGCGUGUCCUUCUACGAUGGCGACACCAUGAGGUGUCUGUACGAGCGGCAGGUGGAUUGUUCUGGAACCAUGUACCCGGCCUUCGGACUCAUGGGUAGUGGGAGAAUCCACCUGGAGGACUUUGUCACCGCCAAGCGAUUGGUCUACAUGUGAUGGGGUGGGGAGGUCUGAUUGGUUUACAUGUGAUGGGGUGGGGAGGUGUGAUUGGUCUACAUGUGAUUGGGUGCUGGGUGGGGGCUGAUUGGUCUACAGCCAGGCCAAUCGGAGAUGUGAUCCCGCCCCGUUGUCAUUGGGGAGGAUGCUAUUGGCCGGCAUGUGAGACUGACGAGUGUUCUCGUCCAAUGCGUGGCUCCGAUCCCGCACAAUUGGUUUAAACAUCAGCUAGUAGAUCUGAUCGAACCAAUCAGAUGUGAGCUUUACUCUCUUUUCGUUCGGUCAACACCAAAGUCUCCCAUAUUAAUAUUUUUUAAAUGUUGUUUGUCUUGUGUUUUUUCACUAACUGAUUUUAUUAAGAUACGUGUUCAGUACAGAGUCUGUAGCACCAACACACAUCCAGGGAGCUCCACACAGGAGAGGUUCUUGUAGUCACGGCUCAGUUCUCCACCUCUGUGCCUUUCUUAAAGAAGCGGGCCAGCAAGCAGGAUGAGCUGGUGUGUGUAACCACCCAUGAGCAGCACUGAGGAGGCAGGUCACACAGCACACACAGGGAGGGAGAGAAGCCUUCUGUCACAAACACACUUCAUCUAGAUGUUGUCCGGAAACAUCUGGAUCACGCUAGGUUUUUUUUUACUUUCAAACUGUAGUUCACACUUCACUCUUGCACAUUUUAUUUAAAUGUGUAUGUUUUAUUUUUACUUCUGCUCACAAAUAUGUAAGUGGCAUCUUCAGCAGACACUUCAAACACCAUUUUCUCACUACCGUCACACACACACACCUCGCACAGGUUGGUAGCCAUCUUGGAUCCAGGCGGUCAUCUUGGAUCCAAUCACUGCCCAGCACUGAAUGUUAACGUUUUAUGUUCAUAGGCUUUGUUUUAUUUCGCACAACGAAUGUACACCUUCAGAUUUCACUUAGUCAGGGUCACCCAGUAUCACCAAGUGCUGCUCCCUGGUCUCUAGCAGAGCUCAGUUACUGUCCAUCCACUCUUCCUGUCCCCUGCGUUCGGCUGCAGGACUGUUGCACGCCACCGACGCUAAGCUGGCUACACAGCAGUAGACGUUACGUAACUUGUUGACCUGCUUGAAACUUAACAUCAGAUCAGAGCUUUUAAAGCUUGCUAGGGCGACUGGGUCCCUCCUGGUCACUGAUCCUGGGUUUCUGGAACAAGUUAUCUCUCUGUGUCGUCUUAUUGAGGGAAACGGUUAUCUGUGUGUGUGUGUGUGGUUUCUCAGGUCUCUGGCUCUCUGGGCCUCACGCUACCUACCUCCAACUAUCCCUGGUAACCCUGCACACCCGCUCCGUCAGGUAUGGUUUGCGUUGUUCUUGUAGCUUUAAACAUCAUAUUUUAUCAUGAUUUCCUGUAUUAUACAUCAACCUUUCAAGAUGCUCUGUGUCUGAUGACAAGCUGACAUUUCAACUUGAUUUAAGGUCAAUUUAUACGUCAUGUACAUAGCUGUAGCGUGAUGUUCCUUCUGUCUGACGCUGUGCAUCUGUAGCGUUACUCAGUGAGUUUGUGUUUGCGGUGAACUUUGUCGGACUUCAAGGCUCAGGACUUGAGACUUUUUGGUUGGUAUCGGUGGAUUAAUGAUAAAACAUAGUCAGCGUACGUUGUUGGAGUGAUCGUGUGACUGUAAUCCAAAAGGGAGAGUUAGAAAACGGCUCAUGAGAUUGCCCUCUCUCUGUUUUCCAUUUGGGUGUUCUAUAAUUUAGUGUUGCAUUUUUUUUGUUUGUGGGAAAGUAAAUAACUAGUUUUACAGUUCUUUUUUUGUUUAGUGUUUUUUUUCUUCACAAUGGGUGUGUAUAAUUAUGUCUUUAGAAGUUGUUUAUUGUUUCUUCCAGUACACUGAACUUGGCUCUGUUACUGUUUCCUAUCAAACUGACUGUUGAAACACCUUAAAACAAGUCUAUGCACUUCUUUUGAGCUGGCUGUGGGUUGUUUUGUGUAACUAUAUCACAGAAUGUAUUGUUUAUAUUUAGGGACAAACAAACCGAAUGUCUUGUCAUCUGGGCGGUUUUUGUAACGUUAAUUUUUUUGCUUGUUCGGUAUCCCGAGAUCUUGAAAUCACGUGGGAAAAGCUGUGGCUCUGUAUCUUGACAGUCUUCUGGUAGAGAAACAAAAUUAGCGCUUCUUACGGCAUCAUGGCCUUGCUGAGCGGAUGGAGGAGAAGGUCUCAGUAGUGAAAAGUAAAAACCAAAAUUCUGCAGGCUUUCAAUCUAAUCAAUCAAGCUAGCACUUUAAUCCGUAGCAUGUGAAGCCUCAGUGCUCUACUAGUGUGUGUGUGUGUGUGUGUGUGUGUGUGUGUGUGUGUGUGUGUGUGUGUGUGUGUGUGUGUG